GUGCAUUUGGGAUACGGAAGAUGGAAACACUCUUGUCUCAAAGCCCAUGGGGACGUCCAACGAAACGAUCUGGACAGUAGCAUACUCUCCUGAUGGGAGGUUCGUUGCCAGCGGCGGAAACGAUCAUAUACUUAGAGUAUGGGAUACGCGCUUGCAUGACCUCGCCUUCGAGCUCGAAUGCGCUAUUCCAUCCAUCUGGACAGCUGCUUGGGCACCGGAUGGAAAGCAGAUCGCAGCCGGGUCUGCUGAUGGCAAGGUCUGUAUCUUCGAUGUGAAGAAACGCGAGCCGUCGGUGGAAUUCAAAGUGGGCCAAUCUGAUAAAGUCUACACAAUCUCGUGGUCGCCGAAUGGGGACGUGCUCGCCACUGGAUGUUUCAAUGAUGCGGUGUGGCUGUGGAUCCCGAAGACGGGGAAGGCCAAGAAGAGCCCAUUUAGAGGACAUAAAAGCCAUGUAUACUGCAUUGCGUGGUCUCCAGAUGGGACGCGCCUCAUUAGCGGCGCCUUGGACCACACAGUACGCGUCUGGGACACGGACAAGGGUCAGACUUUAUUUAAAGGGCCUCUUCUUGGGCACAAGAAUAGUAUUCAAGGUCUCGCGUACUCCUCUGAUGGCAAGCAGUUUGCGUCGGGAGACGUGGAGGAGAGCCCACGCGUUCAAAUAUGGGAUGCGGAGACUGGAAAGCCGUUGCUGCCUCCGGUUUCAGAAGAGUUGAAACGUACAUUUCAGGAAGCAGAAGCGGAGGCGUAUCCCAAUCCCGAGAGCGAUCCCGGAACACCAAGCAAAAUGAAUGCCGCUGCAGCCAUCACCGCUGUUGCAUGGCUCCCGAGCGGGAAACACUUUGUUAGCUCGAGUGUCGACGGCUUGACACGGAUCUGGGGCGCACAGAAAGGCUACCACACCCGCGAAACUGCGGGACAAAAGGAGUCUGUCAAUGCCCUCGCUGUUUCUGCUGAUAACACUAAGCUAGCGACUGCGUCUGACGAUCACAUCAUUCGCAUCUUCGAUCCUAUAUCCUUGGAACAGCUCACAGACUUUCGCACCGAUCACACUGAUUCUAUGCUAGCCGUACACUUGACACCCGACGCGUCCAGGCUUGUCACCGCCAGCAAGGAUAAAACAGUACGUUUUUGGGACGUGGGCUCCGGAAAGCUGCAGCACGUUAUCAAGGCACAUACCGACUCUGUUCGAACGCUCGCCGUGGCGCCUGAUGGAAAGAAGCUUGCAAGCGGUGCAGAUGACAAUACCAUCUUGAUCUGGGACAUGCAGACGUACGAUCAGAUUGCUGGUCCGUUCAGGCACGACGGCUGCGUUCGCGCCCUGUGCUUUUCACCGGACGGCGCUCGUCUACUCAGUGGCUCAGAUGAUUGCACCGCCAGGAUAUGGGAUGUCUUUACGGACAAAGACGCGUUCGACAUCAUUCGGGUGCAUGCAGGCGCGGUUGGAGCAGUGGAUUGGUCUAGCGACGGCAAAACGCUACUGACCGCUGGCGCUGACGACUGGACGGUGUGGGUGUGGAAUGCUACCACUGGCGAGCCGAUACACGGACCACUCGAGGGUGAUGGCAUCAAGGGGAUCCAGGCCGCUGCGUUCUCCCCCGAUUCCCAGUAUAUUCUCGCCGGCUCCAGUAGUGGCACGCUCUGUAUAUGGGAGACAAACACAGGCAAAGUUGUUCUGGAUAGACAGGAAAAAGUCAACGUCAGAUAUUGUUAGCCACCAUUCAAAUGAAGCACGC